UGCGAGCUACCCGGAAACAGAAAAAUACGAAGAAGGCGUAGUUGUGUUUACGCCGUAAACACUCAGAGGUUGGUUGAGUGAUAGAGAUAAUAAAGCGGCAAUAGAAGUAUUUCUGUUUCACAUUUACUGCAGCAUUUGGGAGUAGCUGCUGUAUUUCCAUGGGGGGUCACGGGGGUGUGGGGAACGAGCCCGAGACCAUUGACUACUCUGUGCACGAAGCCUGGAAUGAGGCCACCAAUGUUUACCUGCUGGUGAUCCUGGUCAGCUUCGGCCUGCUCAUGUACGCCAGAAAAAACAAGAGGAAGAUCAUGCGUAUCUUCGCCCUGCCUCCCACCGUUGGCAGCAGCCCGGAGCCAAACUUCUACGACAGCCUGCAGAAGGUCCGCCUGCGGCAGCAACUGGAGAUGUACUCUCUGGCUAGAAAAUUUGAUCAGCAGCAGGGCCAGACGGACAGUGUGCAGCUCUCCAUGGAAUGACAUCAGGAAGAGACUCAUCGCUUUCUGUCAGAGUAAACACUCCUGCGUCUGCGAGCCCUCUGGGGCGUUAAUAGGAAAUGAUUUCGAUGACUGACAUGAUCAGAGAUGGCAGAAAAGCGGCUGCUACUGCCAUUCUGAUGGCUUCUGGUUUGCUCCUUGUCCUCAAGUAUCUUCAUUCCCCUUCUGUUGUCUCCUUUUCGUGUGUUAGGCAUUGAGAAGGCACAUUUGGGUUUAUGAAGAAGCAGCAGAGACUCUAACCUUGAUUGAGGAAUGAUGAACCUGUAA